AUGACCUGGUUGGACGAGCAUGGUCUGAACAUUUGGGAUAUCGACAAGGUCGUGAUGUACAAUUGGGGUUACUUACUUCUUAUGAGUUAUGAAGCAAUUACCCGAACCGGCGGCCUUUGCGCCAUCAUGCUUGUCGACCAUAUCGACUUCCGCGAAGUCCACCCUUCACCGUUCCCCAUCCAUUUCAGAGGCAUCGUUACCAAAGAUAUCGGCGUCUGUGUCUGCAAUCUCCAAAGAGUCUACAUACUCAGCAACCACACACUUUACCAUGCCCGACUUGAAAGCGGAGACAAUAGACUCGUACUCGGCAGGUCCACCGACAGACAAAUCACUGGAAGCCCCGCCUGUGAGUUUCUAGGCACACCCGAACAACUAGCGCUAUUCUGUCCAUCCACAGGACUCCAUUUUACCAAACCUUUUUAA